UGUUGUGUCUUAGCUUAGUGAAUAUGCGUAUUGUGUGCCAUUUAUUUGUAUCGCUCGUGUCCGCUUAUAAUAAGGUGCUAAAACUAUGUGAGCACAAGGAAUAGUGCGUGAAGUGCAGCCGGAGCAUCGAUUUAAUUAGGACAACGUGCAAUAUCUACACAUAUAUACAUAUAUAUACACUUAGUAUUAAGGACAAAUUGAUAUAAAUAAACAAAGCAGCUAUUUAGGGAACAACAUGGACUCGAGAGUUCAGCAAUACCACUACAAGGACAUAUUGUUUGUGUUCUUUGAUGCAUUCAUCGAUAAUUUUGACGUUAAGGAUGUCCAGGACAUCCUGCCACAAGUAUUGUCCAAAGAGGAAAUCGUCAUCAUCAUCAAGUCCAAGGAAGUCAAGACCUCGACUCUCCUCUUGCUAUGGGCACUGUUUAAAAAGCCAGAGGAAACGGUCAAGGUCUUUGUCGAGGACGUUCUUAAUCGGAUCGACCAGGCUAACUACGAAUUCCUAAUGGUUGCCAUCCAGAAAGAGCUUCGGAACCCCAGCAGGGAGACCAGAGCAUACAUCGAGCAGCGGGAUCGCCUGUAUAACGACAACCAAGUGUUUGCCAAGUACAAUGUUAAUCGCUUGCUACCGUAUUUGAAGCUGAUGCAGGCAGUGCUAGAACUUCGGCCAGCCAAAAAUGUCUUGGUCGAUGGCGUUUUGGGAUCGGGAAAACAGUGGCUUGCCCUGGAUGUGUGUUCAUCUUACAAAGUGCAACGUAAAAUGGACUUCAAGAUCUUCUGGCUGAACCUGAAGGACUGCAACACUCCAGAGACAGUGCUAGAGAUGCUUCAGACGCUGCUUCAUCAAAUAGAUCCAAAUUGGACAAGUCGUAGCGAGCAAGGCAGCAACAUCAAGUUCCGCAUUCACAGCAUCCAGGCGGAAUUGCGACGCCUUUUAAAGAGCAAGCCCUAUGAAAAUUGCCUUCUUGUCCUGCUGAAUGUGCAAAAUGAAGAGGCUUGGAAUGCCUUCAACCUGAACUGCAAGAUUCUGCUAACUACAAGGUUCAAGAAGGUCACUGACUUUCUCUCGAAUGCCACCACAACUCACAUUUCACUGGAUCAUCAUUCGAUGACACUUACGCCCGAUGAAGUUAAAUCGUUGUUUCUCAAAUACCUCCACUGCAGACCGCAGGAUUUGCCAAGAGAAGUUCUAACAACGAAUCCGCGCAGACUAAGCAUCAUUGCCGAGAGCAUUCGAGAUGGCUUGGCCUCUUGGGACAACUGGAAAAAUGUAAAUUGCGAUAAACUAACUACCAUCAUUGAGAGCUCCUUAAGCGUCUUAGACAAAGUCUAUCGGGAAAUGUUUGACAGAUUGUCCAUAUUCCCUCCCUCUGCCCACAUACCUAUCGAUCUCUUAUCGCUGAUUUGGUUCGAUGACAAAUCCGAUGGCCACGAUGCGAUGGUUGUGGUUAACAAGCUGCAAAAAUACUCGUUUGUCAAGAAGCAACCGAAAGAGUCAACCAUUAGUAUACCCGCCAUAUACUCGGAGUUGAAAGUAAAGGUUGAUGACAUUACCGCUCUGCAUCGGAGGAUCGUUGAUCGCUACAACAUCUUAAAGGCCUUCGACCACGAUGACUUGAUACUGCCAUCAUUGGACAGAUAUUUCUAUACCCACAUCGGAUAUCACCUCAAAUCCAUUGAGCCCACUGAGCGGGCAAUUCUGUUUCGCACGGUCUUCCUGGACUUUCGCUUUUUAGAACAAAAGAUUCGGCACGACACAACGGCUUGGAAUGCCAGCGGAUCGAUAUUGAACACGCUGCAGCAGCUAAAGUUCUACAAGUCAGAUAUUUGCAACAAUGACGUUAAGUAUGAGCGCUUGGUUAAUGCCAUUCUGGAUUUCUUGCCAAAGAUUGAGGAGCAACUUAUUCGCUCAGAGUUUACGGAUCUGCUCAGAAUUGCCUUGAUGGAGGAGGAUGAGGCGAUUUCCAAGGAGGCUGAACGACAAGUGCAGAGGUUUCCCGAUCGAGUUUGGUUUACAGAGCAUGGCCACUUUCACCAGGACCGCCAGAUCAUCAACCUGGGAACUAAUGAGGUGCGCCACACCAUUUACCUGAAAAACGACUUUUGCCUGUUGGCGCUAGGCAGCAGAGAACUACUCCUUACCGACGUUUCACUCGAGGGAGAGGAAACGUAUCUUCUGAGGGACGAUGACGACAGCAGUGAAAUCCUACGGAUGUCCGUGCUUAACCAACAGAAGCACUUGAUAACCUUGCACAGCAACGGCAGCGUAAAGCUUUGGUCACUGUGGCCGGAUUGUCCAGUAAGGCGCCACAGUGGAGGCUGCAAGCAGUGGGUGCGACCUCCUGGCUCCACACAUCUUCGAAAGCCAACGGGGACGAGGAGCUACCAGCAGCUGGUUAACAGCGUGGUCAAGCGCUACAUUAGCACCAACGCAGAUCAGAAAAUUAUGGCUUACUAUUUGGACGAACAAGACGGAUUGCCGGAUACCAAAAUCCAACUGCACGUGGCCUUCAGCAAUGGCGAGGUGAACAUCUUAAACUGGGACGAGCAAGAUCAGAUGUUCAAACUAUCGCACACCCCUGCUUUAAAGACGCUCCAAUCGGAAAUCCGCUGCUUUGUGCAGAUCCUAAAGCGAUAUUACGUGGUGUGUAACUCGAGAUGCGCUUUGACUGUGUGGAAUUUGAACAAUGGUUCCGACGAAAGACUAGAACGUCCAAAUUAUUAUGUGGUUAACGAAACGCCUUUGGCCUUGGAAGCAUUUGAAAGGAAUCAAGAAGCCACCGUGUUGCUUAUUUUCAAGCAUAGCGUUUGGCGGCUAAAUUUUAUGUGUGGUUCUUAUGACUUGCAGUCAGAGGCAGUGCAGCUGCCGGAGGGCAGUUUCAUUACAUGCGGCAAGCGAUCAGAUGACGGACACUACCUUCUACUGGGCACCUCCGAGGGACUAAUUGUGUACGAUCUCCGGAACUCCAAUCCAGUGCUUCGCAGCAAUGUCAGCGAACACAUCCAGUGUGUGGAUAUCUAUGAGCUAUGCGAUCCUGUCUAUAAGUACAUAGUUUUGUGUGGAGCCAAGGGCAAGAAGGUGGUCCAUGUGCACACGUUGCGCUCCGUCUGUGGGAUAGAGCCACAUCAAGAUCGGGGAAUCGCCUGGGUUCACAGUGCAGAUGAGAAGAGCGUAAUGACAAGGGCCUGUCUCGAGCCUACCGUGUACUUGCGUUCCCUGAUGGACAUGACUGCCGGGCGGACGCAACUUCUUGCCGUGGACUCCAAAGAGCGUAUUCACCAAAUUGAAACUGCCACCAAUCCAAGUGCCGGCAGAAGAUCUAGCAUUUCAUCUUGGUCAACAAUCACACCCACGCAUGCUGCCAGUAAACCUAAGAUAACUGCCAUAUCCGCUUCAAACAACGAGCAGAUCUACGUUGGCUAUGCAGACGGGGUCAUCAUAGAUGUUAACCAUGACGCGGUUCUACCUCAGCAAUUUAUUAAGGAGCCCAUCGAUUACCUCAAACAGAUUAGCGAGCAACUGCUGGUGGCCUCUGCUCAUGGCGUCCAGAAGACUGUGAUAUUCCACAUUGGGAAGGCAAACCAGGUGCUGCCCGUUGACCAAUGGCCGUUGCACCUGGAUGUGGGCACCAAGUACGCCCGUCUUCUGCGAGAACAGUUUAUCAUCUUGUUUUCUGAGCACGCAGUCUGUCAUUUUGAUUUGGCCAACCUCUCCGCAUUCGAAAAGCCUGAAGAGUCAGAAGAAUCGCUGGAGGGCUUUGAUCUGAAGAACGAUUAUCUUUUCCUGGCCCAUGGAAACAACACAAUUGAGGUAUUCCGUUUAAAAUUCAGCGGCAAUCAACUGAGGCAAGAGCGGAUCUGCGAGGAAAAGAUCUCGCAGAAGGCGAAGAUCAGCUACUUGGCGGCCACGGAGGAUGGUAGCAUGUUUGCACUGGGCUUCGAGAAUGGCUUUGUAGAGCUCUUCGCCUUGGAGAACAGAGAAGUUCAACUGAUCUACAGCAUUCACAAGGUCCACCAGCACUGCAUCCGUCAACUCCUCUUCUCGCCAUGCAACCUCCUUCUGAUAAGCUGUGCUGAGCAGCUGUGCUUCUGGAACGUGACGCACAUGCGCAACAACCAAAUGGAGCGGAAGCAGAGCCAGCGGCGCAGUCGUCGCCACAAACUACACAGUGUGACGCAGGAGGAUGCUGUGGAUGCGGCGCCCAUCGGAGUGUACAUGGAAGUAGAUCCCGCAUUUAUUGCGCGCGAAUUCCUUGCAGAGAGUCCAGAGGUGGUUGCCCUCUGGCGGAAUAAGCGUGGCAAUGCUAUCCGUCCGGAACUAUUAGCAUGCAUCAAGUUCGUGGGCAAUGAAGCCCGCCGAUUCUUCACCAAUGCGAAGUUUUCCCAUUUCUAUGCCAUAGAUGACGAAGGCGUCUACUACCACCUUCAGCUGCUGGAGUCGAGUAGGCUUCAUCCUCCUCCCGAGCCGGAUCCGGUGGAGAUUUGCGACUUGCAGUACGAGGAUCGCAGGAUCAUCGAAAGUCCUAUUGCUCAGAAUGUGGACGACGAAGGUGCUGAUGUGGUGGGCAACCUGGAUCUGCAGAAGAGCAGCAAAGUGGAUGGGGAAAGUCCAAUCCAGGAGGGCACUAGCUCAUGACGCCAGUGGUGCGCCUCAAUGUGGCGCACGAACCAGGAGAGCCCAAACUACAACAUGGCAUUUAUAGGAUUACUGCUCUAUUACCUAGUUGUAUUGCUGUUCUACCUCCUGGGACCAGAUUUGUUCUAGGAUGGUAUUUGUUAGGGAAAAUUACGAUAUCUCAAAGGCGGUGGGUGCGUUGCCCUGCCUUUUGCUUGGCCACCCGAGUAACCGCCGCAAAAUAAACGACAUUUUGAGAAA